UGUAUUCCCAUGGAAGGAGCUGAGUAUAUUUAAUAUUAGGAGCACAUUCAGAAGCCUUUGAGGAGGGGAAUGGCUCUUCAUAUUCAUGAAGCUUGCAUACUUCUGUUGGUCAUCCCUGGAUUAGUUACUUCUGCUGCCAUCAGUCAUGAAGACUAUCCUGCUGAUGAAAGUGAUCAGAACUCCAGUAAUGACAAUCUAAUCUUUGAUGACUACCGAGGGAAAGGGUGUGUGGAUGACAGCGGUUUUGUAUACAAGUUGGGAGAACGAUUUUUCCCAGGGCAUUCCAACUGUCCAUGUGUCUGUGCUCUGGAUGGACCUGUUUGUGACCAGCCAGAAUGUCCUAAAAUUCACCCAAAGUGUACUAAAGUGGAACACAAUGGAUGCUGCCCUGAGUGCAAAGAAGUGAAAAACUUUUGCGAGUAUCAUGGGAAAAAUUACAAAAUCUUAGAAGAAUUUAAGCCCUCUCCAUGUGAAUGGUGUCGCUGUGAGCCCAGCAAUGAAGUUCACUGUGUUGUAGCAGACUGCGCAGUUCCUGAGUGUGUCAACCCAGUCUAUGAACCAGAACAAUGUUGUCCUGUCUGCAAAAAUGGUCCAAACUGCUUUGCAGGAACCACAAUAAUUCCGGCUGGCAUUGAAGUGAAAGUGGAUGAAUGUAACAUCUGUCACUGUCACAAUGGAGACUGGUGGAAGCCUGCUCAGUGUUCAAAACGCGAAUGCCAAGGCAAGCAGAUUGUGUAGAACCAAUUCCCUGCCGAUGACAAGUUCUCAAAAGAGGGAGCUAUGGCUGCUACACUGCACAUGUUUAAAACGAAACAAAACCACCCAACAAACUCCUGCCAGCUACAACAGGGUCACCAGCAAAACCUUUUAGGGUUGACAAAAGUGAAUAUUUUGCUAAGAGGAAAUUUCUCUCUUACUAUAUAAAACAUAUAGGGAAUAUAGCUCUCCAACCCGCUUUUGAUAUUCUUGCUUGAUGGUGACUUACCGGAUUUCUGAAUCAAAAAGAAAGAGAGAGUCUCAAAGAGGCUCCCGCCCUGGUGAAUCCACUAGCCUGCCAGCUCACCGUUCACCGAUUCACUUCCUUUUUAUUCUUCUGUAGAUCACAUGGCAUUCUUCUCUUAGCGCAUUUUCUUUAGGGUUAUAGUUGUUUCCAUCAUGAAGAGGCUAAGGGUCUGGAUUAGAGCUCUGAAUUGUGUCCACCAAGCUCUGGGAAAGGAAUGUCAGGGGUGCGGACCCUAUCUGACCAGGAAGACAUAGAAGCAUCUACCCAUCGGUCUUCACAAGGGAACCAAGUCUUGUUGACUCAGAAAAGAGAGGCGCUCGCUUUGGAUGAACCCAUUCUUAUUCGGGAUGGGGAAGUGGUGCUUGGUGUAUUACAUGGGGGGUUUGUUACAAUUUGACCCUUCCCAAACCACACACUUCAUACACAAAAUCUUGAAACUGCCAAACAAAAACAUGAACAUGGGCGGUACACCGUGAUCCUGAGUCAAAAAAAAAAUUGCAAAGGGAGUUAGGUCAUCAAAACGAUAACAUUAAUCACCAGACCUCCUCAUGAGGCGGGAUUUGAGUUUGGCGGAUACCUGAACACACUCUAACCCCACUUGGUCGCCUGCCACUGUAAACACAGAACCAGGCUGGGAGUAGCCCCACUGUGAAUCUGAGCACUUCUGAACACCCCUGGCACCGUUUGAAUUUGAAUUCCAAUUAGGCUGAUUGCCAGGCGUAGUCGCCGCUGGCAACGCUUGGGGUUCGGAACUGCAUUUGCCACGGUAGUUAUGACCACUCAGCCCUAUGUCUAAAACCACAGAUUCAGGACACAAUUUCCACCUCAAGUGCUGCUUUAAAAUUAAAGAUUAGGGUAGAGUGAGUCUUGCACAAUAUGAUUCCAUUUGUUGAACUUUUUUUUUAAAAAAGUGUAUAUAUUAGCUACUCAAUAAUUAAAGUGAACCUUUGAAGAGUCUCAAGGUUGCCCUGGUAAUGCUGCUAGUAUAGUAACAGAAAAAUAUAAUAAAAUAAAAUACACAGGGUAUUUGAUACCACCUCGAUUAAAGUGCAAAUUCAGCAAUUCUGAAACCACAUGGCAUAGUUAGUUGCUUAUUUCACUCUCUUGUCUUGAAAACCCUGGCACAGAUCUGGUGGGGUCCUUGAAGAAACGCUAAGGUUAUAUCCAUUAUCCGUACUCUUUCCUUUUCUGCUCCUACCCAGACCUGGCCUUGGCCAUAGCUCCUGUGUAGGGUCACCUUCUAGAAUAAAGUUCCUCAAUCAGUGCUGUUGACAUUUGGGGCCAGACACUUGUGGUGGGAGCCAUUCUGUGCAUUUGGAAAGGUUAAGCAGCAUUUCUGGACUCUAUUCACUCAAUGACAAUAGCAAUACCCUAGUUGUAAUAGUUGAAUGUCACCAGACAUUGCCAAGUGUACCUAAGGAGGGGCCAGAAAGUAAAAUUCCCUCUGCCUGAGAAGCCAAGAUCUAGAAUCAUCUGUGCAGAGUUCCAGGGAGGGAUAACAGGGGAAUCCUGGGUAAAGCUGGCUUUGGGGAGUCUCUGAGCCCUUUGGAUGUGCACAAUCAGCACCCCCCUCUUCCCAGAGGAGAGGUCAUUUCUUCCAAAGGGAGGGAUGCUUCUCUACCCACCUCAGGACCCAUUUCUUUAGUCUGUCAAUUGGGUUUUCAUUUGAAAUCGGCAGCCUCUCCUUCCUGAAAGCAUCUCCAAUCACCAAAAUAAACGAGUCGUCAUUUCCAAAAUUAUCGUGUUGAUGAGUGGGACAGUGGGACGUGACACUUCUCACGCAUACUGUGCUCAUGUCGAGAUCAAACAGCCACGCCAGCGCCAUCCAAGGAAGAAUAGGAAGCCGCCUCCCUUUAGAACACCGAUUUGCAGCAAGGUUGGUGCCUUUCAGUUGCCACCAUGGAUACAUCACAGAGACAGUCAUGAAUCAUUCAUGAACAAUUCUGCAUGAUUUAUUCCUGCACUCCAAAGCAAAGGCAUUCCACACUGCAGCUUGUGUCUAGACAGAGAUGCAUUAUAGAGCUUUGUUUGCCCUGAGGUUGCCUGUUGCCAGCUUCAAAAUAAAAUAUCCACACUCUUGGAAAGAAAUAAUAAUAAUAAAUGACAGGAAUAAAGUUUGAAACCCAGAAAAUAUCAUUAAUAGAGCCAUGGAGCAUAGUAGCCUAUUUAUUAUUACGAAGUGACUAUGUCAUUUUAGGAAAAAUAGAAAGAGAGUGCAACAAGAAGGCCAGGGUACAGAAAUGUUGCAUCAAAGUCUUCACACAGCGAUCGUCACAGCAAGAAUUUACUAGAAUACAGAAUCUAAGCAUCAAGAAACUCUCUUUUGAGGGUUUGAGAAGGAAGGCUAUUCAUUGGCCUCUGUUACCAGCCAGAGAGAGGGAAUUUGUUGUUGAUUUUUUUUCUCUCCCUCAGAGUUUUACUACAAGCUGUUUUCUUUUAAGACUUUGUAGCACCGACAUUUUUCCCCCUUUUGGGAGAGAUGAAACCUAUACUGUGACAGAAUUUCUCAUAAACCAAGAAGUAUUUUACAACUUCCUUCGACCCAGGUCACUGAGAAAUUCUUUCCAAACUCUGAACAACAGAGUUCCGGUCUCUUCUGUUGUUUUUGGGUUUUGCUUUUGUUUUUUUGUUUGUUUGUUUUUGCUUUGAAGGCUUGUUUGCAGCCGCACUGUCACCUCUGCCUCUGUCCUACUCCUCUUCACCCUUUGGUUCUCGGCUUUAACUACAGCUCUGUUUAAAUAAGGGAUCAACAUCCUGUAUGUCAGCUGAUGCCUGUUCAAAAACAAUUCAAUUUCUAAAAUCUUUCCAAAAUGGUGUGCCUGAAAACUAGUGAGGAAAAAAACAAAUAACUCAACAAUAAACUGUAAAAAGGGGAUUCUAGCAACAAUAUUUGAUGUGUAAAAGAAUAUAUUAUUAAAAAAUUAUUUUGUUAAAUAUAAAGUGUGUUAACCAACAA